AUGGAAAGUUUGACAUCGCGCGAUCUGGAUGAACGGCGCCGAGUGUUCGGCUCCAAUGUGAUUCCACCGAAACCGCCCAAGACCUUCCUUCAGCUGAUGUGGGAGGCUGUCCAGGACUUUACUCUCAUUCUCCUCAUGAUUGCUGCAGCGAUAUCUUUGCUCCUCUCCCUUUACAUCAAAUGUAAGUGUGAAUAUUCAUAUUGGAGAAAUUUUCACCGUCAACCAUGUAAAAUCCGACUGCAGAGAUGUUGUUUGGCUAAUCUCUAG